GUGACCGCAAAAUUUUCCGAUUCACAGUUCUUUGUCUCUCCAGCCAAAUUCCAUACAAAGAAAAAAAAAUGGAAAAAAGAAAAACCCUCGUUUCGUUUUUAACGGUCUUUUCUUUAAUCCGAAGCUUAUUUCUUCUGUCUUCUUCGUCACGCUCACGUAGUUCCGCUUUUAGGAUUCUCUCCUCUCGCUCUCUCUCUCUAUAUAUACCUGUGUUUAUGCGUCGAUGAGAAAUCAGAAGGAGCAGAAAUCACCAACAAUUCUUGAAACUAGAGAGCCCUAGGAGGAUAAAAAUGGAGGUGAAAGACUAUGGUCUGAGUAGAGUCUCGGGUCGGGUACUUGACGGCCCGACGAAUCCCAUGGUCACGCCUCUGUUAACGGAUCUCUAUCAGUUCACCAUGGCUUAUGCUUACUGGAAAGCCGGCAAGCAUCAAGAACGAGCUGUGUUUGAUUUGUAUUUUCGAAAGAAUCCAUUUGGUGGUGAGUAUACAAUCUUUGCUGGAUUAGAAGAAUGCAUAAAGUUCCUUGCUAAUUUCAAAUUCACUGAGGAUGAAAUCUCUUUCGUCUGUGAAAGUUUGGCUGGUUCUUGUGAGGAUGGCUUCUGUGAUUAUCUUAGAGGACUUGACUGCUCUGAAGUUGAAUUGUAUGCUACUCCAGAGGGGUCAGUCGUCUUCCCAAAGGUUCCCCUGCUACGAAUUGAAGGGCCAGUUGCUGUGGUUCAAUUGCUGGAAACUCCAUUACUGAAUCUUGUUAAUUAUGCAUCACUAGUGGCAACAAAUGCAGCAAGGCAUCGAUUCGUUGCUGGAAAAUCGAAAAUGCUUCUAGAGUUUGGGCUUCGACGGGCCCAGGGACCUGAUGGUGGAAUAGGAGCAUCCAAGUACAGCUACAUUGGAGGAUUUGAUGCAACAAGCAAUGUUGCCGCUGGGAAGCUCUUUGGAAUACCUCUUCGUGGAACACAUUCCCAUGCUUUUGUUAGCUCAUAUAUGAGCCUAGAUGAGAUUGUUGAGAAAUCGCUCCGGAGCUCUGACGGGUCAAGCAGCUGUGAAGACUUUGUCAGUUUGGUCCAGACAUGGCUGAACAAAAUUCAGUGGUCAAAUUCAUUACGUAACGUCUUUGGUGAGACCAAUCAAAGUGAGCUUGCAGCUUUCACCUCAUAUGCCUUGGCAUUCCCAAAUAAUUUUCUAGCUCUUGUGGACACAUAUGAUGUUAUGAGGAGUGGAAUCCCCAACUUUUGUGCUGUGGCUCUAGCACUCAGUGAUCUGGGCUACAAAGCAGUGGGCAUUAGGCUGGACUCUGGUGACUUAGCAUACUUGUCAUUUGAGGCCCGGAAGUUCUUUUGUACUAUUGAAAAAGAAUUUGGAGUGCUUGGUUUUGAAAAGAUGAUUAUCACUGCUAGUAAUGAUCUCAACGAGGAAACUUUAGAUGCUUUAAACAAACAGGGUCAUGAAGUUGAUGCAUUUGGAAUCGGCACCUAUCUUGUUACUUGUUUUACUCAGGCUGCUUUAGGUUGUGUCUUUAAGCUUGUUGAGAUAAACAAUCAACCUCGUAUCAAACUUUCUGAAGAUGUGUCUAAGGUCUCUAUACCAUGUAAAAAAAGGUGUUACAGAUUGUAUGGCAGGGAAGGCUACCCCCUGGUGGACAUAAUGACCGGGGAAAAUGAACCUUCUCCAAAGGUAGGAGAACGGAUACUGUGUCGUCAUCCUUUUAAUGAAUCCAAGAGAGCAUAUGUGGUUCCACAGAAGGUUGAGGAGCUUCUGAAGUGUUAUUGGCCUGGGAGCUCAGGUAAAGCAAGAGAAGAUUUGCCGCCUCUCAAGGACAUUAGAACGCGUUGCAUCGAUCAACUUGAGCUAAUGCGGCCUGAUCACAUGAGGAGGCUGAACCCAACCCCCUACAAAGUGAGUGUAAGUGCAAAAUUGUAUGAUUUCAUUCAUUUUCUGUGGCUCAACGAGGCGCCUGUUGGAGAGCUACAAUAGAAAGGAUGGGGAAAUAUAUUGCAUGGAGCAGUGCACAAAUGCAGGUCAAAGUAAUAAUUCCAGAAGAGAAACUUCUUCAAAUAGUCGGUACACAGCACAUAGAUAGGUCUCUUUACAUUAGCAUGUAUCUCCUUUUUGGGUUGGAGAAAUAAUCAUUUGUUUCCUUAGUACUCAAUAAAAUAGCUUAUUGGUUUGC